AUGACGGCAGGACCGUCGAUGAAGCGGUCCCUGCCGGCCGAACUUCCACCACUCUCACAACCCGACCGCAGCCGUUACCGCAAGCCCAACCGGACCCGGUGGGAGGGCGACGGAACGUUGACCAUCGUGGGCGGGAAGAGCGUCACGUUGGGCGACGAGGACGGCAAGGUGAUUGGGAGCUCCGGGUUGGUGAAGGGGGAGGAGCUGGAGGAGGGUUCGCGGUUGAGCAAGGAGGUUGAACUGGUGGAGCGGAUUGAUGGGGAGGUGGCCAAGGAGAAUGAUGUGCCGGUGAAGAGGGUUCGAUUCGAGGCGAGAGGAGUGUUUAGGCCGCCGGCGGAGUCGAUGUGCGCCGGGAGUCCGAGUGUGGUGUCGACACGGGUGUCGAGCAGUGGAAGUAUAACAAAGGGUUGCGUUCCGUACUGCGUGGCUAAGCAUUUGCGGCCUCACCAGCGGGAAGGGGUGAGCUUUCUGUACGAAUGCGUUUUAGGAAUGAAACGCGAAGACUUGGAACAGUUUGGAGCGAUUUUGGCCGACGAGAUGGGACUGGGGAAGACGUUGCAGACGUUGGCGUUGAUCUACACCUUGAAGAAUCAGGGACCUUACGGGCAGCCGAUUGUGAAGCGGGUUCUGAUCGUGACUCCGAGCAGUUUGGUGGACAACUGGGAGCGAGAGAUAACAAAGUGGUUGAAGCAGGAACGGAUCUUUACUUUCAUCGUGGGGCCGAAUAGCAAGUUGAAAAAGUACGCGCACCUGUUCGCAACCCAACGAGUUGUCGCACGGGGGGAGAAGGGAGAGGAAGGGGCGUGCGGACGCGUCCUAGACGAGCUUGGAAUCGUCUCCGAUGAACAUCUGCACCAACUACUGGCCGGCCAGCUUUAG